AGACCAGCGCCAUUCAUCUGAGAGCACCGCGGGCACACCUGGUCGAACCGAGCAGAGCAGUUUAACGACUCAAACGGCUCCAAACAGCACCCGGGUUAAUCACUUGAGGAAUGCGGUGCCAUUAGGACCAAACUUCAUAUCAACUUUACGUUAAUUUUAACAAACUCGUCAGAAAGGGGAUCAUGGCAACGGGUGGAUUUAAGUCCAACGCCACGACAGACUUUUUGGAGGAGUGGAAAGCAAAACGGGAGAAAAUGCGAGCCAAAAUGCUGGGGGACAUAGCCGCAGCGACGGGUGCUCCCCUGGGUGCCAGCAACCCAAACAGCAACACCGGUAACCGCCACGCCGCCCCGCUGACCACCGAGCUCACUAACAACGGCAGCCCGGACCGGAGCGCCUCCGCGGGGAGCUACCUCCCCUCCUCCUACGCGGUGGCUCGGUCCUCCUCCGGCUCUGCUUUAAAGAGACCCGAGGAGGAAACGCACCACCUUGCUGCCUGCACCGCUUCACCCACAGCCGCCACCCCGCCGGGAAGCAACCUGAAGAAGGCCCCGCCUCAGACGGACAAGUCCCCGGACUCCAGCCCCAUGGCGUGCAAUGACAGUGACAAGGGGAGCCCAUCACCCAGUAAAGUCAAGGAGAAGAACAGCACUGGUCCCAGUGCUCGGAAGGGGAAAGGGCAGAUUGAGAAGAGGAAGUUGAGGGAAAAGAGGAGAUCAACAGGUGUUGUCAGCAUACCAUCCAAUGAGAGCCUGGAUGAGCUGGACGAUGACGAUGCGGGGGAGAAGGAGAGGAGGGAGGAGGAGGAGCUGGUGCAGGCCAACACUUUCCAGAACGAGGCCAUGAUAGCUGACCCUGCCACGGGCCACUUAAUGGAAACCCCGAGAUCUGGGAGCGGCCGCCACAAGAGCUCUGCAGGGCCGGGGUCUGAGGAGGAGUUGGGUGGAAACAGCAGACAACGACACAACCGUCAUGGCAGAGAUGGAGGAGCUGCAGCACCUGGGAGUUUGGAGAAAAGGCUGGAGGAGCUGGAGAGGGAGCUGGCCAGAGAGCGCCAGGAGAACGACAGGUUGCUGAAGGCCCAUCAGGACAAAGACGACCUCAUCGGGAAGCUGAGAGAGGAAAUUGACUUGCUGAACAGAGACCUGGAUGAUAUUGAAGAUGAGAACGAGCAACUGAAACAGGAGAACAAGACUCUGCUGAAGGUGGUGGGUCAGCUGACGAGGUAGAACAAAAACAACACAGCCUCCUCCUUUCUCCUGACCUCCUGUCCUGGGUCAAGUCCAGCAGCACGGCCUUUAAUCUGUCUCUUUGUGUGUUAGAGGUGAAACUGUAACGUAGUCGACCUCGAAAACACAUCCCCCGAGAGGGACUAUUCCACCCGUCGUGGAAGUCCUGAGAGUCUCAUGGGGACUGUCUAUCAUCGUAUACAUAUUUAAUGUAAAUUUAUUGUAUAUAGGCCAUUUAGAUUGUUCAUGUUUUGGGGAGGGGUCUUUUGAUAAGGUCUUAAAACACGAAAGUAAAAUGAAUGUAUGUGCUGCACAAACAAGCGCACAGUCUUUUAAAACUUGUUUUGAGGUUAAAAAAAGCAACCUCUGUGCGCACAGCAGCAGUCACCCAGGUAAAUUUAAAAAGAUCUCCAGUGUUUUAAUGUUUGAAUUGUGACGAUGGAGCUUCUGUCGAGGAACUCUUGGACCAAAUUCAACAGAAUUACUGCUACAGUACCAUCAGCCAAAGUGGGCAUUGUGCCUUGCAAUGCAUGUGAGGUUUUUUUGUCAAUUCUUAAAAAAAAAAAGUUAAAGCCUGGUGCUUUAUUAAUCCUUUAAAACCAGAGCAAAUUUAGUUUGACUUCUUUCAAAAAACAUGGGUAGAAAGCAAUGAACAAACUAACAACACAUAGCUCAAAAAUAAUCAGGAAGUUAGUUCAAAAAAAGUAACAAUAAAAUGACCUGAAAAUAAUCACAAAAAAAGAAAAGUGAAAAAUGAAAACAAGCAAGAAAA